AUGCCUGUCUUGAACCAAAAAUCGCUGUUUUUUGCUUUGUGCGCCUUUUUCAUGCUUUUCUCUUCGGUAUUUGGUGCUUUGAUUGCGCCUAUUGGAAAUGUUGACAAUCUUGAAGGUGUCCAACUAAAGUACGCUGACAAUGUUCUUACGACUCCCGUUCCUGACUUUAAACGGGCAAAGCGUGACGGUGUAUCUACACCCUCGUAUUCUACCACCGCAGACAACGUAGUCAUUGUUACCGACAAGUAUUGGUCUGUCGUUUCAGGUCUAAAUCAACCAAUCCCUUAUCCCUUUACUUUCUCGGAGGCUCAUCCUUCGUCAACAAUAACAACAGCACCCUCUGGAUCUAUCGGAUAUGGAUCAAUAAAGGGUAAUAAUCGCCAAUUGAUGGAAGGUAGCUCAUCCACGCGUAUCUCCUUCCCUCACAUUACCUUUGCUUUGAUAGCCGUCACUAGUUUGAUUGCUUUAUUCGUAUAA